AUGGCCAAGAUGCGGAAGGUCGCCAAGCAAGAGGUCGACAUGUCGGAUUUGAGCAAGUUCGACCUUCUGGUGCGCCAGCGCAUGAGCCAGAAGCCGCGGCAGGGCGUGCUAGGGGACCAGUCGAAGGAGGACGUCCCGUGCCCCGCCUUCGCCGAGCUCGCCCGCCUCGCCGAGGAGGCGUGCCUGAGCAGGCGGGCGCAGGAGGGCGCUUCGUGCGCGACCUGUCCCGUCUGUGCAGUGAGGUUUCCAGCGUCUACACGCAGCAGCGCGCGGAGCUCUACGACACCGUGCUGUUCAGCGUCGGGGCGGACGAGGGUGACGAGGUGA